UUCAUGGUUCAGUGUUCACCAUCACCAUGAGGGGAAUCAUCCUAGCACUUUUGCUCGCUUUAGCGGGCUCUGAAAGAACUCACAUAGAGCCUGUGUUCAGUGAAAGCAAGGCAUCUGUGUAUAACUAUGAAGCUGUUAUCCUAAAUGGAUUUCCUGAAAGUGGCUUGUCCCGGGCUGGUAUUAAAAUUAACUGCAAGGUUGAGAUCAGCGCCUUUGCUCAGAGGUCCUACUUUAUAAAGAUUCAGUCCCCAGAAAUAAAGGAGUACAAUGGUGUUUGGCCCAAAGACCCAUUCACUCGCUCCUCAAAGUUGACUCAAGCUCUUGCAGAUCAGCUUACCAAACCAGCAAGGUUUGAAUAUAGCUAUGGGCGAGUUGGAGACAUUUUUGUUCCCGAUGAUGUUUCUGAUACUGCUGUAAAUAUCUACAGAGGAAUUCUGAAUCUGCUUCAGCUCACCUUAAAGAAAUCCCAGAACGUGUAUGACCUUCAAGAGUCUAGUGUUGGUGGCAUCUGUCACACAAGAUAUGUGAUUCAGGAAGACAGAAGAGGAGACCGAAUCAAUAUUAUCAAGGCUACAGAUUUCAAUAACUGCCAAGAAAAAGUGUCCAAAUCCUUUGGUUUUGAGUUGUCAGACUUCUGCCACUCUUGUAAACAGAUGAAUAGAAACCUGCGUGGUGCUGCAACUUACACAUAUAAACUGAAGGCCAGAGAUCAGGGUACUGUUAUCAUGGAAGUCACAGCUCGACAGGUCAUCCAGUUUACUCCAUUUAAUGAACGUAAUGGGGCUGCUACAAUGGAAGCAAGGCAAGUACUUGCAUGGGUAGGAAGUAAAAGUGGCCAAAUGAAUCCUCCCCAAAUUCAACUUAAGAACCGUGGAAACCUUCAUUAUCAAUUUGCAUCAGAAUCGCACCAAAUGCCAAUCCACUUGAUAAAGACCAAGAGCCCAGAAGCUCAGGCAGUGGAAGUGUUGCAGCAUCUGAUACAGGACACACAGCAGCAAAUACGUGAAGACGCGCCAGCCAAGUUCCUUCAGCUGAUCCAGCUUCUGCGUGCAUCUGACUUUGAAAAUAUUCAGGCACUUUGGAAACAGUUUGCACAAAGAACUCAGUACAGGCGUUGGUUGCUCAAUGCCAUCCCCAUGGCUGGUACAGUGGAUUGUCUGAAACUCAUCAAGCAACUUAUUCACAACGAGGAACUGACUCCUCAGGAAGCUGCAGUUAUUGUUACUUUUGCAAUGCGUUCUGCUAGGCCAAGCCAACGAGCCUUCCAGUUCUCCGCAGAUUUUGUGCAAGAUUCAAAAGUGCAGAAAUAUGACGUAGUGUACAAAGCUGCUUUACUUUCCUAUGGAACCAUGGUGAAAAAGUACUGCGAUCAGUUAUCAAGCUGCCCUAAUCAGGCACUGGAGCCCCUUCAUGAGUUAGCUGCUGAAGCUGCCAACAAGGGCCAUGCAGAAGACAUUGCUCUGGCUCUAAAGGCUCUAGGGAAUGCUGGGCAGCCUGAAAGUAUUAAGCAGAUCCAGAAAUUUUUGCCUGCAAUUACUUCUAGCGCCUAUCAACUUCCUGUCAGAAUUCAGACUGAUGCUGUAAUGGCCCUGAGAAACAUAGCCAAGCAAGAACCACGUAAAGUUCAAGAAAUCCUUCUCCAGAUUUUCAUGGACCGUGAUGCUCGCACUGAAGUUCGAAUGAUGGCAUGUUUGGCUUUGUUUGAGACCAAGCCUGGUCUGGCAACGGUGACGGCCAUUGCAAAUGUGGCAGCAAGAGAGAGCAAGACCAACCUUCAGCUUGCAAGCUUCACCUACUCCCAAAUGAAGGCACUGGCAAAAAGCCGGGUAGCUCAACUGGAGCCACUGGCAGCAGCGUGCGGUGUUGCUCUUAAGAUUUUGAAUCCAAGCCUUGACAACCUGGGAUACAGAUACAGCAAAGUAAUGCGGGUAGAUACAUUCAAAUACAAUCUUAUGGCUGGAGUUGCUGCUAAAUUCUACGUUAUGAACAGUGCCAAUACAAUGUUCCCAGUUUUUAUUCUCGCUAAAUUGCGAGAGUACACUUCUGCAGUAGAGUCUGACAACAUAGAGAUUGGUAUAAGGGGAGAAGGGAUAGAAGAAUUUCUUAGAAAACAAAACACUCAGUUUGCUGAUUUCCCCAUGCGCAAGAAAAUCUCUCAACUUGUGAAAACUCUGCUUGGAUUUAAGGGACUUCCGUCCCAGGUGCCUCUCCUAUCUGGCUAUGUCAAGCUUGAAGGUCAAGAAAUUGCCUUCUCUCAAUUAAAUAAAGAAGUAAUUCAAAAUAUUUUUAGGGCACUGAAUGAGCCAGCAGAGAGACACACUAUGAUUAGAAAUGUGCUGAACAAGCUUCUCAAUGGAGUUGUAGGACAAUAUGCCCAAGCUUGGAUGAGUUGGGAGUAUCGACACAUCAUUCCGACCACUGUUGGUUUGCCAGCUGAAAUCAGUUUAUACCAGUCUGCCAUUGUCAAUGCAGGUGUCAACAGUGACAUGAAGGUUAAACCUAACCCAUCAGGAGAUUUUAGUGCAGCCCAGCUUCUGGAGUCCCAAAUCCAACUCAAUGGACAGGUGAAGCCAAGUAUUCGAGUAGAUACAGUGGCUACAAUAGGAAUAAACAGUCGCCUACUCCAGGCAGGAAUUGAGUUCCAUGGCAAAAUGCAUGCACAUCUACCAGCUAAAUUCACUGCUUAUCUGGAUAUGAAAGAAAGAAACUUUAAAAUAGAAACACCUCCAUGUCAACAAGAAGACCAUCUGGUGCAAUUUAGAGCGCAGACAUUUGCUUUUACAAGAAAUAUAGCAGAUCUGGAUGCAGCAAGGAAGACUCUUGUGGUGCCUAGAAAUAGUGAACAAAACAUUCUGAAGAAACACUUUGAAUCGACUGGCAGAGCUUCAGCAGAAGGAGCAAGUAUGAUGGAGGACUCUUCAGAAAUGGGACCCAGGAAAUACUCUACAGAACCUGGACCACACCAAAACGCACCUGCUAAUGUCAACUCAUAUGAUGCCUGCACUAAAUUCUCUAAAGCUGGAGUUAAUUUCUGUAUCCAGUGUAAAACCCAUAAUGCUGCAGCUCACAGAAAUACCUUCCUUUACCAAGCUGUUGGGGAACAUGAAUUCAAAUUCACAAUGAAGCCAGCUCACUCCGAAGGAGCAAUUGAAAAACUGCAGCUGGAAAUAACAGCUGGGCCUCAAGCUGCUUCAAAAAUAAAGGGCUUGGUGGAAGUUAAGGAUACAGAAGAUGAACAGAUGGAUGACUCUGCAGUUCAAAAGAGGCUAAAGAUGAUUCUUGGAAUAGAUGAUAGUAUAAAGGACACAAAUGGCACUGCAGUUCUACGCUCAAAGCAAUCCAGAAAAAACAAAAAACACAAGAGACCACUUGAUGCAGAAGUUGUUGCAGAAGCUAAAAAGCCACAAUCUUCAUCAUCCAGUUCUUCCUCUUCUUCUUCCUCUUCUUCUUCCUCUUCCUCUUCUUCUUCAUCAUCAUCAUCGUCAUCCUCAUCUUCAUCUUCCUCCUCCUCUUCAUAUAGUCAAAGAUCUAGAAGGAGAGAGCAUCAUCCUCAUCAGCAGAGGCAGCCCAGUAGCAGUAGCAGUCAGGAGAAGGACAAAAAAAAUAAUUGGCAGGAGAACAGAAAGCAUGGUCAAAAGGCACAGAGUAGCAGCAGCAGCAGCAGCAGCAGCAGUAGUAGCAGUAGCAGCAGCAGUAGCAGCAGUAGUAGCAGCAGCAGCAGCAGCAAUGAAAACAGACGCCACAGGAAUAGACAACAUGAUAAUGAACAAGCAAAAAAACAGCAUGAACAGAACAAGAACAGAUAUUCAAGCAGCAGUAGCAGCAGUAGCAGCAGUAGCAGCAGUGAAAUGCAGAAAAAGCAUCAUCGAAACUUCUAUGACCUCCAUUUCAGACGAGCAGCAAGAACAAAAGAUACUGAAAAAAGAGCAUCAUCUUCUUCAGAAAGCUCUUCUUCAAGCAGUGAAAGUGCUUACGCAAAUAGGCACAAAGCCAAAUUCUUGGGUGACAAACAGCCCCCCGUACUGGUUGUUACUUUUAAGGCUGUGAGGAAUGAUAACACCAAGCAAGGAUACCAAAUGGUUGUCUAUCAAGAUUACCAUUCUUCAAAGCAACAAAUUCAGGCAUACGUCAUGGAUAUUUCUAAAACUAGAUGGGCAGCUUGUCUUGAUGCUGUUGUAGUUAACCCACACGAAGCUCAGGCAAGUCUUAAGUGGGGUCAAAACUGCCAGGAUUACAAGAUCAAUUUCAAAGCCGAAACUGGUAAUUUUGGAAAUCAACCAGCACUGAAGGUGACUGCUAACUGGCCUAAAAUUCCAUCAAAAUGGAAGUCAACUGGUAAAGCUGUUGCUCAUUAUGUCCCUGGAGGAAUGUAUAUGUUGGGAUUCCAAGGUGAAUACAGAAGGAACUCUCAGCGUCAAGUGAAACUUGUCUUUGCUCUUUCUUCUCCCAGAACAUGUGACGUUGUUAUCCAAAUGCCCCGGCUUACAGUGUACUAUAGGACCAUGAGACUUCCUGUGCCAAUUCCUGUUGGACACCAUGCAAAAGAAAAUGUAUUGCAGACCCCCACGUGGAAUAUAUUUGCUGAAGCACCCCAAAUAGUAAUGGACUCUAUACAAGGUGAAUGCAAAGUUGGCCAAGAUCAAAUCACAACAUUUAAUGGUAUAGAUUUGGCUUCUGCUUUGCCUGAAAACUGCUACCAUGUCCUGGCCCAAGACUGCAGCCAUGAGCUGAAAUUUAUGGUUUUGAUGAGAAACUCAAAAGAGUCUCCUAAUCACAAGGCUUUUAAUGUCAAACUUGGCGCAUAUGAUAUAGAUAUGUACUACUCAGCUGACUCCCUUAAGAUGAAGAUCAAUGGCAUAGAACUAUCAGAAGAACGUCUCCCAUACAAAUCAUUUGACUAUCCUACCGUUGAGAUUAAGAAGGAAGGAAAUGGUGUGUUAUUAUCUGCACCAGAAUAUGGCAUUGAUUUCAUUAACUAUGAUGGACUGACAUUAAAGAUGAGACCAGCGCUAUGGAUGAAAGGCAAGACUUGUGGAAUCUGUGGUCACAAUGAUGAUGAAAGUGAAAAGGAGUUUCAGAUGCCAGAUGGGUCUAUGGCCAAAGAUACAAUGAGCUUUAUUCAUUCAUGGAUUCUCCCUGCAGAGUCCUGCUCUGAAGGUUGCCACGUCCAACGCUCUCUUGUAAAACUUGAGAAACCAAUUGAAACUGAUGGAGCAAAGGCCAAGUGCUAUUCUGUUCAGCCUGUUUUACGUUGUGCCAAAGGUUGCUCUCCAGUUAAGACUGUUGAAGUAGCUACUGGUUUCCACUGCCUGCCCUCUGAUGUAUCUCUAGAUCUUCCUGAAGCACAAACAAGACUGGAAAAGUCUGAAGAUUUCACUGAUAAGGUUGAAGCCCACACUGCCUGUUCAUGUGAGACAUCCCCUUGUGCGGCAUAGAUCAAGCCUGCUUCUUACAUUAUAUUCUGGCUGGAUAAUUAAAGUCUUCAGAUUUACAGAGACCGUUAAUGUGUAACCUGUAAACCAACAAUAAAGAUGCAUGAUUUAUAUUUCAGAAUUAACCCUUUACAUAAUCUGUAUAUUAUAAUAUAUUUCAAAUAAAAGUGUGCAUUCAAAUAAAA